AUUCAAGACGCGAACGUGUAAAUGCGGUUUAAAAAAAGUGUUUAAUUAAAUAAAAUAAAAUAAAUAAAUUUGGGGAGAAACAAAGAACCACAAAUAAAAAAAUACAAUUAUAAAAAAACAAAUCAACAAUGACACUUAAUACCCCUAGACAGCGUGAAUUUUUACUGCUGUUGCCAAUAUUGAUAACAACACUAACAUGCCUCUCGGCUGGAGCCCUUCAACUUGACCUUAAAGACACCUGUUCGGGCAGUUCAUUGUACUACUGCACUUUAACUAAUCUAACCAGUUCCUUUGAAGAACCUUUGGUAUGGAAUACCAAAUCAACAACAGAACAACUUAAUGAAUUAUUAAUCUACAACUCGGUUAUGGGACGUUUACCAUCAGCGAUAUUUGAAAUUGCUCCCAAACUGCAUACGCUUAUAAUGCACAAUUGUGCUUUAAAUAAUAUAAUGCCCAUGGAUUUUGAAAAGGCCUCCCAAUUGCACAAGUUGGUGCUGCAACGCAAUCGUUUGUUUAUCAUACCCGAACGUGUAUUUGCCGGUUUAUUUGCUCUGGAAGAGCUUUAUCUUUCGCACAAUACUAUACACAUGAUUCAUCGUUAUGCUUUUGUACGUUUACAGAGAUUAAAAUAUUUGGAUUUGCAGGAAAACGGCAUACGUACUUUACCGGAGGGUGUAUUCGAAGAUCUUAUCAAUGUGGAACAUAUUGAUUUGAGCUAUAACGAGCUAGAGGUCAUCAAUGCCAAUACAUUUCUUAAGAAUCUCAAACUUAACACUCUCUUGCUGAGUGGCAAUAAUUUCUCUGUAUUUGAGCCCAAUUCUCUGAUGAAUUUGAAUCAUUUACAUAUACUAGACUUGAGCAAUACUUAUUUAGAAGAGCUGCAGCUACAAUCGGUGGAUUUGCUAUUGGUUCAGGGUAGUAAACUGAAACGUUGCACAAUAGAUUCGGUUAUUAAAUUAAAUGCUGCCAAUAAUGCUUUAAAGAAUAUCACCAUACAUGAUAAAUUGGCUGUUCGGGAAUUGGAAUUACAUGGUAAUCUUUUUGAAACUUUAGAUGACUUAGUGGGCAUGUUGAAUCUACAAAAGCUGGAUAUUUCUAAAAAUCAAUUGUCUUCGCUGAAAACCUCACAUUCGCCUUUAUAUUUACCUUUACCAAAUCUUAUUUCUCUUAAUUUGGCUUCUAAUCGUUUGCAAAAUUUAACUUCUGAUAAUUUUGUGUUUCUGCUUAAGCUUAAGAGUUUAGAUUUGGCUUUCAAUCAUUUGAUACGUUUGGAUUCCAGUAUUUUCCAACCGCUUAUCAAUUUGGAGAAUUUUUAUGUAGAAGGCAAUCGUUUGUAUGAAUUCAAUUAUGCUGAGUUUAAAGAUUCUCAUACAUUUUUACGUGAAGUGGGCAUAUUUGAAAAUGAUUGGGAAUUCCGUUACCUAAAACACAUGUUAAACUAUUUCCGUAAUCGUGGCAUACAUCUACCCAUGCGUUUUACUCCUGCGGAUUCUUUAUCCUCCACCUCUGCUGCCAGUUUCCAUGAUACUACCGAUGCUUCAGUUUUUAAAUCGUCCUCUAGCUCUAAUGUUCAUCGUGAUAUGGAUGAAGUGGAUAUUUUAAAUGAUAUGAAUCGUGCUCGUCAAUCUUCGGCCCAUUUGGAUACCCAUGUCGAGUGUACACAUCAAGCUUCUCUAACUGGGGUUUCUGGCAUUCAUCCCUAUUGGACUACUCGUGAUGUUUUAGCUUUAAUUACUUUAAUUGUAGUUUUAGUGAUUUUAAUUUUGCAAUUUUUUCGCAUUUUACAAGAGGAACGAUGUUUGCCUUCGUGGUGUCGUUGCUGUUUAGAUUUGGCUUCUCGAGAAACGGAACCCUUACAUCCGCGUCAUAGACCAUUGGUGGAAGAUACUACGAAUGUUUAGGUUUUAAGUGAAAUAUUCCAAUAAAAGUGUAUGUGAUUUUCUAUAAAUAACA